UAUGAGAUGGAUUUAUUCAACUAUACAGACUAGUGAAAGUAGCUACCUUUGAAUACUCUUGGAAGUUUCUCCGAUGCCUUUGCCUGCAAGUCGGCAAUGGAGAAGAUCUCCGAGUCUAGCUUUUCCCUCGAUUUGCCAUAUUUUCGUGCGCGUAACUUGAUGAUAUGAUCGAUGAACAGCGACAGUGGUCCAUUGCCCCGUGUUUAUAUUCACCUAAUACUUCAAUUGAUAGUGGUUCAGUAUCGCAACUGAUAGGAACUCUUGACUCGGUUCUGAUGGCACCGUGACACGGCUUCGGGCCCUUGACUCGGUCUCCGCAGAGCCGAGUCAUUACCGGAAUCUUAAGUAGAUGUUGACCUGCACUCAUAGAACGUGGUAUCAACAUCAGGCCCCUUAAGGAAAUGACAUAUUCGGACCUUCUACUCUUCAUCCAGCCCUUUGCGCCUCCGGACCAAUGGCUCCAGAGAGUGCGACAAACUAACCCGGCAAUGCGGGUGGAGUACCAUAAUGUGGAGAUGUACGCGAAAGAACUACCACCCAUCUCCAAGGAAACAUGGGCAGAGGCUACAAUACUCUUCACCUGGCAACUAUUUCCUCCCAAGGAAUGGGUGUCAAAGCUGCAGUAUAUUCAGCUGUUAAGUGCCGGAUGCAAUCAGCUAUUAGGCAUGCCACUUUUUGAAGACACAGAUAUUGCAUUUUGCACAUCCAAUGGCAAUCAUCCGCCCCAAAUCGCGGAGUGGGUUUUCUCGACAUACUUAGCCUUUCAGCAUCAUAUUCCGGAAUAUCUCGAGAACCAAAGAGCCUGCAAGUGGGUAGAUCCACCUACUGAUGAGGAUACAGAGGAUGCGGUCGGCCUUAGAAUUGGGAUUCUAGGAUACGGCUGCAUUGGCCGACAAUGUGCCCGAGUCGCCAAAGCAUUCGGCAUGGACGUCUACGCGUAUACAUUGCACAGCCGGGAUACCCCUGAGUCUCGCAGAUCUGAAGACUAUACUGAACCAGGACUGGGCGACCCCGAAGGCGAAUUUCCAUCCGCAUGGUUUGCAGGAAAAGAGCAACUGAAUGAAUUUCUUGCGUCGGAUCUCGAUCUACUGGUCAUCACACUGCCGCUCACAAAUCAAACCCGGGGAAUGAUUUCGCGUGAGCAGUUUGACAUCCUUAGCAAGAAGAAGGCCUAUGUUAGUAUUGUUGGAAGGAGACCCUGUGUCAAUACGGAGGACUUGAUGGUUGCACUGGAUGAAGGCAAAAUCAGGGGUGCUGCUUUGGAUGUGACGGAACCAGAGCCUUUGCCUGCUGAUCAUAAGCUCUGGGGGUAUAAGAACGUCAUUAUCACGCCUCAUUGUAGUGGGAACUCGAAUCAUUAUUAUGAGCGUGUGUUGAAGAUCUUUGCGUAUAACUUGGAGCGGCGGGCACAGGGCAAGCCGCUAGUCAAUCAUGUCAACAGGGCUUUGGGUUAUUAG